GUUGCUUUUCGCACAAUUACAGCUGUCAAUGGCUUUCCUUUUAGGCAAACAUGUCGUUUUCCAGCAUGUCCUCUGGCAGGAAGUUGGCGCUCUCCACACUCGGUGUCCUCGUCGCUGGUGGAUCUGGCUUGGCUUUUGCACUCCAUCAAUCAGUCAAAGCAAGCGAAUUAGAGCUGCAUCCUCCAAAUUACCCUUGGAGCCACAAUGGUUUUCUCUCCUCUCUGGAUCACACCAGGUACUGUAUCUCUCUAGGGGUCUGUAAAUCCGGUCAAUGUGUGUCUUCGUAAUACAGAUUAAGGAACAGCGCACACAUAAAAAUACAGUUUUUACAUUUUAGUAGACUGCUUAAAAUCACUUAUCGCAGCAAACAAAUAUAGGGAGUCAGUUCCACCAUAUGGUUAUAUUGUAUCCAGCCCACAACUACUUCAUAGUACCCCAAUAUCUGUGGGUCCUACAUUAAUUCCAACAUGGAAGACAAAUUAAAUAGUGCUAGUGCUAAAUAAGCUAAAGUGUAUUCUAAUAAUCUGUUGUAAGAGCAUUGUGAAUAUAUAUAUAUAUAUAUUGCAAAAAGAGGUGGUUUAGAAUAUUAACGUCACUUUAAUUAGAAUUCUUUUUGGAAUAGAACAGAUAUGAUAUGCAGUGUCAGUAUAUACAUAAAAGCACGAUCACUUUAAUGGUUUAAUUUUGACACUACAUGUUCUUGAAUUAUUUCACUUUAAUUGUGCAUUAUAUUUUUUCACAAUGCUCUUAUAACAGAUUAUUAAAAUACACUUUAACUUAUUUAUCACUAAUGUUUCCCAUGUUAAAAUUAGUCUAGAGCCCACCGAUAUUGGGGUAGUGUGAAGUAUUGGUGGGCUGCCUUAAAGGGAUACUAUAAUACUACUAAAAAUCAAAUGUGGGGUUUCAGUACCACCAUAUGGCCAUAUUGUGUUAAAUGGACACUAUAGUCACCUAAACAACUUUAGCUUAAUGAAACGGUUUUGGUGUAUAGAUCAUGCCCCUACAGUCUCACUGCUCCGUUCUCUGCCACGUAGGAGUCAAAUCACUUUUGUGUCCAUGCAGCCCUAGCCACACCUCCCCUGGCUGUAACUAUCAACCUGCAUGAAAACAAAUGGUUUUAUUUUCAAUCAGAUGUUACUAACUUUAAAGGUUUUUAUCUCCUUCUCUGUAAAUUGAACUUUAUCACACACAGGAAGCUCCUGUGGGGUCUAACAAGCUAUUAACCGAGAAAUUCUAAAUUAAACAGAAUUUCCAAUAAAGAUAUUGUAAACAUUAGAUAACUUAUUUUUUUCAGGAAGUGUUUAGGAAGGCUGUGUAAGUCACAUACAGGGAGAUGUGAUUUAGUGCUGCAUAAACAGUGAUUUUACUCCUUAAUGGCCCAAAAUUGAGCAGUGAGACUGCAGGGGCAUGAUCUAUACACCAACACUGCUUCAUCGAACUAACGUUAUUUUGGUGACUAUAGUGUCCCUUUAACACAAUAUGGCUAUAUGGGGGAACUGAAAACCCAUAUUUGUUUGCAGAGAUGACUUUAGAUUGUCUUAUAAAAAGUAAAACUACUCUGUUCCUUAAUCUGUAUUUUGUAUACUGUUUGGUCUCUACGGCAGCACCAUUCCUUUUUGGGGUGUGCCCACAAUUCCCUUUUUGUCUUUGUGCCUGCUUACUGCUUCCAUGGUGUUCCUUCUGGUAUAAUUUAGCAGAGUGCAGUAGAGGUGCGAGUGUUGUUCUCACUUGGCUUGUACAAUGGUUCAGGGACCACUCGCAGUAAUUAUCAUGGUAUUUGCAAUGGAUUCUAAUGGAUUCUAAAAGUCCUAUACUGCUAUAGCAAAUCAUAAUAUGGUCUGUAUUGAAUCCUUUAUUGCAUUUCUAACAUUAUGUAGCACUCUGCUACAGUGAACCUGUACAAUGUCUCUCCAGUGGCUUUAUUUAUAAGUGUUCAGGAGUUGAAUAAACUUACUUGGCGAUACUUUUAGAAUUUAUUAUUGUAUCUUGUCGUUUGCUUUUAUUAAUCCUUUCGCAUGAGUUAACUACUUGUGAUUGCUAAACCAUAUGUCCCAUAAACCAUUGCUUGGUUCAUUGGUUAGGAUUCUCGGUGGAGAUUAGAAUCCGCUAAUAAACAGCUUCUUCUUUUCUACAGAAGAUUCUUAUUUGUGGCAAAUGAGGGUUAUAUUUAGGAGUAUCAAAAUUUGGUUUUAAUUUUUUAUAGAUCAGGAAUGUCAUGUUUUUUCCAACUUUCCUCCAGUAUGUACUGUCCCUUUAAAUGUAGAGAUGGUUGGCUUUCAGGACUGCUCAUCCUUAGCUUGGGGACUUUUACCAAAACCCUCUUUUUAGAUUGGUGUUUAGCUUGGUACUCCCACCUUAGUGUUGUAAUACACUAGUUAACACCUCUGAUUAAUUUAGCAAUGUCUCUGCAGAGACAGCCCCUCACACGAACAUGAUAGGAACACCAUGCGCUUCCGCCCCUUGCAAAGAACAGUUUGGACCAGUGACUCCACCUUCUCUUAGAGCAAGAGCGCCAUGUGCAAGCCCUUCCCCUCUGCUUACUGCAGGAGUGUCUGCCUUGUACCAGGCUCACCACCAUUGCUUGUCUUUAUAUUCAUUUUACUACGUGUUGCUCUUUGUGUGUGUGUGUAUUGACAAGAACCAGCCGGGAGUACUUCCUCUCUUUAUAUAGGCUGCAUUAUCCACUUACAGGGGAUAUUUAAAUAUACCAGGUAGAACGUGCAGGAGCUAAUUGCGAUUUCCUCUCCCUCAGUGUCCGCCGUGGCUAUCAGGUGUACAAACAGGUGUGUGCUUCGUGCCACAGUAUGGAGUAUCUGGCAUUCAGAAAUCUGGUCGGAGUAUCACACACAGAGGCGGAGGCCAAGGCCCUGGCUGAGGAGGUAAGUCAUACUAUCCAACCAGCGGAAUGAUCUCUUCUUCCUCACCGUGGAUUGGUUCGAUCCCCAACUACACUGUACAACUCCCCCUCCCCCCGCCCCCUUGGAAUUUCAUUUACAGUUUAAAUAUUCAUUUUCCACUCUUGAUCCUGCUUUUUGCAGCUUAGUGCAGUUCUCCUGUGUGCGGAGCCGUGAUGAAAACUUUAAUCUCUUUGCUUAGUGUGCCAGCGACUUGUUUUGUAAUUUAAUUGCAGUUUCUCCUAGAGUGUCGUCUUCAUGCAAUGCGUGUCAUAGACCUUAAGGGGACACUGUAGGUAAACCCUUUCAUGUCACUGAAUUAAUUAUUGCACCUGGAGUCACCUGGCACAGUCCAUUCAGUGUAAAUGUUUUUAUUGGCUUUUAUUAAGCGCUAACAUAUUCCACAGUGCUUUGCAAUUGGGGGGGGAAAAAUAGUGUGAUGUCCACAGAUCAAUACAGAUGGUAAGACAGCCUUACCCAUGACCUGACAUUUAUACCAUGCUGGAAAAAUAACACCAAGGAUAGGAGCCCUCUGCUCACCAACGCCCUCUACUGUAGGAAUGGCUGUGAUGGGCAUAUAGUGGUCAGCUGACACUCUCAGCCAAUUACAGCAGCCCUCUGCUGCUCAGUCUUCCUAAUUGGCUCAAGCAGCAGGAAGUGAAGGAGGCUGGAGACUAGUUUAGCAUUAAACGGUUUAAAGCUGAGUGGAAGGGCAACGCCAGGGGAUUCAAGUCACUGCAACCAAUGACAUCUAGCACUUACAGGGCCUACAUUGUCCCUUUAAAAAGAAAAAUCACCUUUAAAUGACACAGCACAUAGUCUGUAUAUUUGUUCACUUUCUACGUAUGAAGAGCAUUUUUCAUAGAACUUACUAAACCGGUAAACGCUGUCCCCACAAAAUAUGCAGCUAGUUUUAGGAAGCAAUGUUUCAGAAAUAUAUUAUUAAUCCGUGGGUUUUCUCCAGUUCUCCCCAGAAAAGCUGUAUGAGCACUUUGUAGUAACUGCAACCUGAUGUAAAACGAGUGGCUUCCCGCUGUUAAAUCCUCCCUUGUCUUUCAGUUUGAGAUUCUGGAUGGUCCAGAUGAUAAUGGGGAGAUGUUCACUCGUCCAGGAAAGUUGUCGGACUACUUCCCAAAGCCGUAUCCAAAUCCUGAGGCAGCCAGAGCUGCAAACAACGGUGCGCUGCCCCCCGAUCUCAGCUACAUUGUCAACGCCAGGUAAAUCAAACUGCUUUAUCUACCUUUAUAAUUGUAAUGUUUAGAAUCCAAUUAUGUUUUUCAUGUUAAGUUGCUGACCUUUCCCUUAAUCCCUCGCUCCAGUCAAUGCUGCAGAGAUGUUUACUGGGUAAAGAACAGGUUGAAGUGAUGUCAUUCCCCCAUGCUCUAUCUGCUCGAUACAAAUUUAGUCAUUAAAAUGAGAAGUGAAAUCCGUUUCAAAUUAAAGACCAAAGUAAUCGAACUGUAAGCAUAUCUGACUGGGAGAAGUUUUCUGGUUAUGCUAUUUUGACCUUAAAUUUGAAAGUCACUUUGAAUUCCCUGCAAUUCUUAUUUUAGUGAAUAGUGUUUGGAAGGAGGAAUAUCUGCACAAUGCUGUGCUUCUGCCAAAUUAUGUGUCCGUUAAUUAUUUUUUAUAUAUAUAUAAUCUUAAUGGUGCAUUUUACAGCACCCCAGGUUUGUAUUCUACUUUAUCUCCUGGGUACAGCAAUCAAAGGAGGGCAAACGGGAGAUCCCCAGAUGUUGUACACUUGCAACUUGAACGAGAUUUCAUCCUAAAUACGAACAGGUUGAUUUAGUAAACUGAGGAUUUAGUUUCACAUUUUAAGAUCAAAAUAGCUGAACUGGAGAAAUUGUCUUACUCUGCUUCCGGUUAAACUUCUUUUGUUCACAUUGAAUUCUCUCUCUAGUGAUAAACCCUGUUAGAAUGUAUGUUUAAAACUUUUAAUUAAGGUUCCCUGAAGCCAUGUCUUAUUUGGACUGUAGGUUAUAUCACAAUCACUAGGUGGCAGUAUGUAAUUUCUGAUAUGCUGGGUUAUUGGUCUGAUGCUGGUUAUCUGCAUGUCUGACUAGGAAUGUAUCUGUGUUCUAGGCACGGCGGGGAGGACUAUGUAUUCUCUCUUCUCACUGGAUACUGUGAUCCUCCAGCUGGGGUUGCAUUGAGGGAAGAACUUCAUUACAAUCCCUACUUUGUAGGCCAGGCCAUUGGAAUGGCACCACCCAUUUAUAACGAGGUCCUGGAAUAUGAUGACGGUAAGUAAAGUUGAUGUAGAGCUCCAUGUAUCCAGAGGAGAAAUAGUUAUAACCCAGCCCUUCAGGCCCUCUGUAUCUGCAGGAAGAUAAACAUUUAUUUUCUUAUGAACUUUCACUUUGAAUUUGCAACCAUUCUCAUUUUAGUAAAUUACAUGUAAGACUGGAAAAAUACAUUAUUGGAGAGGUCUGUUUUAAUCUAGCUGGUAUUUCCUAUCCUCGUUCAUUUAGUGCCCUCUCUCCUGCCCUGUUGUAAAUGGGUUUAUUGACGCCUCUGUUUGAUUCUAGGAACACCAGCCACCAUGUCUCAGGUUGCUAAGGAUGUCUGCACAUUCCUGAGGUGGGCAGCGGAACCCGAACAUGAUCAUCGCAAGCUCAUGGGCCUCAAAGUGAGUCUGUCAACCGUUUCUCUACUUAAAGGGAUCUGUCACAUACUUAAUUUUAGCACAAACUAAUAAAUAUCUAAAAAAAAAAAAAAUACUAGACUGAUAAAAUACUAAUAAUAAUGCUUUUUUUUUUUUUUUUUUAAAUGUUUGUGUUACUAGACAAAUAGGACUUGUAUGAUGACUAUAUAGUAUAUUGGCAUUGUAAGGUUGGUAUUUUUGGGAAUGCAGACUCCAAAUGUAAAUAUGACUGUUUAUGCCAAGGAUCAUUAAUAUUUCUUAUCUGGUUAGAAAGGGGUUUAGCCGUGUUUUCUGGUCAUGUGAUUAUGGUGGGUGUUACGCUUGAUGCCCAAUAAGAGCCCCCCAUUAAGGUGUAUGUCCCGCUUUCUCUCCCAGGUGCUGUUGAUCUCCUCAAUUCUGAUCCCCGUAUUGUACUACAUGAAGAGACAUCGAUGGAGUGUACUCAAGUCUAGGAAAAUUGCCUACAGACCGCCCAAGUAAGGAUUGUAUGAUCACGUCAGCACUCGAAGAACUUCCUCAUACAAUGGGUUUGUGGCUUCCUCUGGGACAAUGCGAUGAAUAAUGUUUCCAAUUGGUCCUUUUCCUCCCUCUGAGCAGGAGGUGGGAUUUGAAAGAACGCGUAUCAUUGUCAGAUUAUGAGACCACUUUGCAUUCAUGGCUCUCGUUUCUUGUUAAAUCAAUAUAUUCAUCUGCUUCAUAAGCCAUCUAGGGAGGAAAAGGGAUUUAUUGGGCAUGGGAGAACACAUGGUUUGAAAAUGUCUGUCCAUUCCCUUCGCGGGGAAUCUAAUAAAUUAAAAAUAUUUCUUUUAAAACCAAA